CUGAGGCUAGAGGCAGAGGCUGAGACAGCGGCUGAGGCUGAGGUGGCUGAGGCUGAGGCGGCGGCGAGGGGCUCCUAGCCGGGGCCGCGGGGCCAGCCGAGGCCGCCGCAGCGCCGGGAGCCAGACGCCGGCAGCCCGCGGGCGCAGUGUGAGCUGAGAGUGAAGUGUGUCAGGCUGGACAUGGAGAGCUCAAGGUGUGGCUAAAGGAAACACGCCAGCCCCGUGCAUCACACGCCAGCGCCGUGCAUCACGCCUGCUGUCCGUACUGCUGAGCAAUGAGCUCACUUUGCUCGCCCUGAAAGAGUUUGCCUCAGAUUUGAGCCAGAAUAAAAACUAAACAAAUUUCAAGACAAAAGAGGUCUCCGCCAGUCAAGAAGCCCUCAAAAGCAUUUUACCAUGGAUAUAGAAGACGAAGAGAAUAUGAGUUCCAGCAGCACUGAUGUUAAAGAAAACCGCAAUCUGGACAACAUGCCCCCCAAGGACAGCAGCACACCCGGGCCUGGCGAGGGUAUUCCGCUCUCCAACGGGGGUGGUGGGAGCACCAGCAGGAAGCGGCCCCUGGAGGAGGGCAGCAAUGGCCACUCCAAGUACCGCCUGAAGAAGCGAAGGAAAACGCCAGGGCCCGUUCUACCCAAGAACGCCCUGAUGCAGCUGAACGAGAUCAAACCAGGCUUACAGUACAUGCUGCUGUCCCAGACGGGACCGGUGCACGCGCCUCUGUUUGUCAUGUCUGUGGAGGUAAACGGGCAGGUCUUCGAAGGCUCCGGCCCUACAAAGAAGAAGGCAAAGCUGCAUGCUGCUGAGAAGGCCCUGCGGUCUUUUGUCCAGUUUCCCAACGCUUCCGAGGCCCACCUGGCCAUGGGAAGGACCCUCUCUGUGAACACAGACUUCACGUCUGACCAGGCGGACUUCCCCGACACGCUCUUCAAUGGCUUCGAGACUCCAGACAAGUCGGAGCCACCCUUCUAUGUAGGCUCCAACGGGGAUGACUCCUUCAGCUCAAGCGGAGACGUUAGCCUGUCAGCCUCCCCAGUGCCUGCCAGCCUUACCCAGCCUCCUCUGCCCAUCCCACCACCAUUCCCACCCCCAAGUGGGAAGAACCCCGUGAUGAUCUUGAAUGAGCUGCGCCCAGGGCUGAAGUAUGACUUCCUCUCCGAGAGUGGGGAGAGCCAUGCCAAGAGCUUUGUCAUGUCCGUGGUGGUAGAUGGCCAGUUCUUUGAGGGCUCAGGGAGAAACAAGAAGCUUGCCAAGGCCCGGGCUGCACAGUCUGCCUUGGCUACUGUCUUCAAUUUGCACUUGGACCAAACACCAUCUCGCCAGCCUGUCCUCAGUGAGGGUCUUCAGUUGCAUUUGCCACAGGUAUUGGCAGAUGCUGUCUCACGCCUGGUCCUGGGUAAGUUCAGUGACCUGACAGACAACUUUUCCUCCCCUCACGCACGAAGGAAAGUGCUCUCUGGAGUAGUGAUGACCACAGGUACAGAUGUCAAAGAUGCCAAGGUGAUAAGUGUUUCGACAGGGACGAAGUGCAUCAACGGCGAAUACAUGAGUGACCGUGGCCUGGCUCUCAAUGACUGCCACGCGGAGAUAAUCUCCCGAAGGUCCCUGCUCAGGUUUCUAUACGCACAGCUCGAGCUUUACUUAAAUAACAAAGAAGACCAGAAAAAGUCCAUAUUUCAGAAGUCAGAGCGGGGUGGGUUCCGGCUGAAGGAUACCGUGCAGUUCCACCUGUACAUCAGCACCUCACCCUGCGGAGACGCCAGAAUAUUCUCUCCCCACGAGCCCGUGCUAGAGGGUAUGGCGCCAGACUCCCACCAGCUGACAGAACCAGCUGAUAGACAUCCGAAUCGCAAAGCAAGGGGACAGCUGCGGACUAAAAUAGAGUCUGGCGAGGGAACAAUCCCUGUGCGCUCAAAUGCCAGCAUCCAGACCUGGGACGGGGUGCUGCAGGGGGAACGGCUGCUCACCAUGUCCUGCAGUGACAAGAUAGCACGCUGGAACGUGGUGGGCAUCCAGGGGGCCCUGCUCAGCAUUUUCGUGGAGCCCAUCUACUUCUCCAGCAUCAUCCUGGGCAGCCUGUACCACGGGGACCACCUCUCCAGGGCCAUGUACCAGCGGAUCUCCAACAUAGAGGACCUGCCACCACUCUACACCCUCAACAAGCCCCUGCUCAGCGGUAUCAGCAAUGCAGAGGCACGGCAGCCAGGGAAGGCGCCCAACUUCAGUGUCAACUGGACGGUGGGCGACACGGCCAUUGAGGUCAUCAAUGCCACAACAGGGAAGGAUGAGCUAGGCCGCCCCUCCCGCCUGUGUAAGCACGCGCUGUACUGUCGCUGGAUGCGGGUCCACGGCAAGGUGCCCCCCCACCUGCUGCGCACCAAGAUCACCAAGCCCACCACCUACCACGAGUCCAAGCUGGCAGCGAAGGAGUACCAGGCUGCCAAGGCACGUCUGUUCACUGCCUUCAUCAAGGCGGGGCUGGGCGCCUGGGUGGAGAAGCCCACAGAGCAGGACCAGUUCUCCUUCACUCCCUGAGCCAGGCGGAGUCAAGAGCACAGAGUGCAAGGCUGUGGUGCCGAACUGUCCCCCAGAGCCUUGCGUCUGACCUGGGACAGGUGUGCACCUCGGGGACGGCACGGGGAGUCUGGGGGAACCACUGGACUUCAAGCAUCAUCCCCGGCGCCUCUCACCUCCCAGCAGGGCAGCGUGGGGAUGUGUAGGGUGCUGGGCACCUCACAUCUGAGUAGGGAUCAGGUGCACAGUGGGGGUGCAUGGGGGCACAGGGGCCCAUCACCACCCCUUGCCACACAUUUCCCCUCUUGAGCUACCCAGUGACCGCUUUAUAUCUCAGUUUACAUUAGACAUUGAGUUCUACUGAGUAGGGCUUCCUCAAGUAUAGGAAAAUAGAAAUUUACUUUGUGUGAGAUUCUUGAAUAAAUAAUUUAUUCAGAGCUAGGAAUGAGAUUUAUAAAAUAAGAAGUAAUUAUGUCAGGUCACUUUUAUGCCACAUUAUUUUAAUUGCAAAAGAAAAAAAAAGUGUUUCUAUGUGAAAGAACACAGGAAUCUAGAGGUAGGAAGUAGAAGAGAGCGACCGCGCACACCUCCGUGCGUGGCUCCUCUCCGUAGGGCCUUCACACUUAGGUUCUCACAGUAGGUUUUAACAGCUCUCCUGGGGUGACCCCAGCAUGAUAUGGUGUGACCUUGGCACACACUGGCCCUGCAGCUGGGAUGCUGUGUCCUACAGAGCCGUGACCUAGGCUCUGCUGCCUCAGCUGCCUCUAGAAUCGUCCAUGCUCCCGGUUAGGCUCAAAUCAUGGAAAACUCUAUUUGCUACCAAGUAACUGAAGACCCAAUCUGUCCGUAGCCUGUCCUGGCUGGCAUCAUCCGGGGGUCCUAACCAUCGAGGUUUUGUGACCUAGAGGCACGCAGUAGGACUGCUCCACAGUCAGAGCACAGUCUUCCUUCUGCUCCCCCCUUGGGAUCUGCUGGGUAGGAACCACUGACCGCUCAGAGAGCUUCACAGGAUGGAAAGAGUUGUGAGCAGGUACCGUGCUUGGAGCGCGCCGCCUAAGGCGGAUUAUCAGGUACCCCUUCCUUCCAGCUUCAGACAUGUUGGAAAAGUUAAACAUUCAGGUUGAAGCUGGUGGGACAGUGUGAACCUUGGAACGCUGCCGACCAGACCUUGGUGUCUCGACAGGCAGGCCUGGGUGCUCCUGGUAUCUUGGGGCUGAACCCCAAGAUGCUGCUGAGCACCCGUGAGGCACAGGGUGGCACCCAGGGCCCUGGAGCGGACACCUGGACCUCCUGUGCUCAGACUCGCCCCAGGUGCCUUGUUGCUUCCACUCAGGAUUAGGGAGGAGGAGAGGGGGGGAGGAGGGGCUGUGGCUGUCAGCUCAGUGUGCUAGCCUGGUCCAGCAGGCUGCUCUGAAGAGCCUCAGGGCCUCGAGCAGAGAAGGUGCAGGCUCAUCCCACAGCACACGUCCACCACGGCUGCAUCCAGAGCUCUGACAGCUGUGGCCCUGAGCUGUUCACCCAGGUGUGCGUGUGUCCUUGACACACUUGAGAAAGAGACAGAACAAGAACAAAGCCACUGUGGGUUCCACCCGAUCCCCAGCAGACCUCAAGAGGCUGUGUGUCAUUGCUUAAGUGAGACCCACUUGUGUCUCCAUGUCAGGAGCCCUGUCGUGUCCUUGUAGGUGUCUCCAUGGUUCUCGUCCUGCGGGGCUUGAUCUUCGAGGCAUGAAGGUCCUAGCAGAACUCCCUAGUGACACAUGCCAUCUCGGAUCUCCUCAGAUCACCACCUGCCCCCCUGAGAGGGAGCCCUCCCAGGCUGCAUUGCAGGGCUACCUUCGGGUGAAGCGCACUGGGGCUCCUCAGAGAAACGGUCUCAUUUUAUCCCAGUACCACACCUUCCCCACAGCUCCUGCACUUUCUAGAAAGAAAAACACAUAUGUUGAUGUGUUCUUACUCUUGUUUUUAAAUCGAAUUUUUCCUAAUGGAGAUGGGGAGAUGAUUUAGUUUGUUUGUUUUUAAGUACAUUUUGGUUAUAAAGUAUAGCAAAAGUAUAUCCCAUAUACACCAAAAACCAUGCAUUGCAUCUGGCUUUCCAUGUCAGAUAACAGGCUGCCCAACCAGGAAGUGAAGGUUACAUGUAUAGAGCAUCUGAAACUACAGGGGCUGGUCCUGCUUAGACCUGACCUAGGCCCAGAAAGGAGGGGGAGCCGGGAGGCACCCCAUGGUGGGGAGCCAGCAUGGGACAUGUGCCACCUUCCCCUGCACUCAAGACCUGGCAGCUCGAACAGCCCAAAUGUGACCAGACAAAAAGGAAACAAAUAUUGAUUUAAGACAUAAGCCCUUUGAGCCUCUUCCCAAAGGUCCCCACGACGGUAGUUCAUGUCCAGGACCUAAAUGUCACAGACUCAGCAGACAGCUUGACACACCAAGAGCCUGAUGUGGAAACGUCUUGGAUACCUCAGCAGGUGAAGAACAGGAGUGUCUGUGUUCAGAGCAUGCAGCUAAACCUCAAGUUUUAAGUCCACAAGGCAGUAUCCCUCAGACUCGCCUUCACAGGGCUGCAGCUACACAGCAGGAAGACACUGUGGCCGGGAGCCUUGGCUGGGCUAUCUUGUUUCUGCAGAGCCGAGACUCUCCACUUAGAUGUAGGCAGCGUGAGUGUGGUGUCCACGCAGUUAGCCUUGACGUUAGCCACUCGUGGUGUCAGGAGGUAGCACCUCUCCUAGCAAGAGACACCAAAGAACAACUUUAAAUCUGAAUCUGAGUCUCUCACCGUUCUGUUUCAAAGUUUUUCCUUUAGUAAUUAAAACCCUGUCUAAGAGCGCAGGCCCGUCUUGUGAGGCAUUGCUCUCUGUUUAUUUUAUCACCCAGCUCCUCUUGCCUCCAGACUGUACGUGCUGCUUGGUUUUUAAACUUUAGUUUCAGACAGGUGCACCAGGGGCGGGCAGCCACCAGAGGGUCAGGAACGUGGGGUGAGCUGCACGUCACCCUGCCCCAAGAGUAAAUACACACAGUGCAGGAGCAGCUUGUCACUUCCAAAAGACUCCAGAAAUGUCAGCUCCUCCACUCGGAACUUUGCUCCAGAGAGAGAAGUAAAAUGAGCUGAAAUUCAAACCUGUCACGUCCUCGAAAUCAGGGAACCUCUCAGAAGAUCCCUUCAUGCUCCCUCAUUCCCCAGACUGCACCGGGAGAAGGGCAGAGUGUAUGCGUUCAGUAUGCACAGCUUGUAUGUGUCCUUGUCUCUCGGCACAUCUGUCGUGUGACAGUCUCCCCAAGGCUGAGGGGGUGGCCACCCACUCUGCAGCUGUGAACUGCUCCACACUGGGGCUACUGGUUCAUGUGGCAUUGGGAAAUUGGAAUUAGGAAGCCUCUGACCCGCCAGGGACCAUGAAUGAGGGAGUUCGUCCCAUGGUCUGACCGAUCAUGGCUGGCUCCUCAGUGCACUUUCCGCUCAGCCGCUGGGGGAACGUUCACGUCUCUGUGGUAGUACCUGUUCGUUCUGUUUGCUGUUUGAAUGACAAGUGCCCAGCCUCAGAAGCACUUAAUUGUCGCCACAGCAGGCGCUGAUGGUACACAAGGAACUGAUGGGCCAUUCUUCUGAAUGGAACGCAGUAGGUUAAAAGCACAGUUUGAGGAAUGUUCACGGAAUAAGCCCCUAAAAGCUGUUAGCUUUUCCAGGCUUUGGGUUAUAUACUUUUAAUUUGAUUUUAGAGAUGGACACUUUACAUGAAUGUAACUCAGCCAAGAAACGUGUUGCUAAGAUACAAUCCUCAGUGUUCUCUGUAUGUAUAUUUAUGUAUAUACCACAUGUUACAGCCUGCAUGAGCUUCCUCACACCGAGCCCAGCCGGAACUGAGCAUGAAAUGCUGUCACAUGUAGACAAAGGACUGAGAUGUUCUCAAUAAAGACUAAGACGUUUCACUACGA